CCCACUUCAGAAACAAGCCUCUCUCCUCUGACCUCUCUUCAACUUAUUCCUAAAGUUUCAUGGUGCGUUCUUUCUUAGUUUAUAGUUUCAGGGGAAUAAAAUGGCACGUAACGAGAAGAAACGAUCAUCAAGAGUUGCAGACACACAAAUGCAUUCUUUUCUAAGAAGAUUUUUCAUCAAAAUUCAUGAUGCUGUAAAUUCAAACCACUCACCUUGCAAAAGAAGAAGAAGAAGCCUACACAGGGAUGUCGAACAGGAAGAGCUCCAGUGCACAAACACCAAUUGUCUCUCAUCAUACUACAGCGUCUUUGUAGCUCGACUUGCAAUCAUGGUAAUGUUGGCGAUUCUGAUAGGUCUGCUAACGCUUCUCACCUGGCAUUUCACUAAAGUGUACACAAGAACAUCGUUGAAUGCAUUGGCAUAUGGUCUCCGAUAUGAACUUUUACAGCGUCCGGUGUUGCGUAUGUGGAGCAUCUUGAAUUCAACUGUUGAAAUAACAACAGCUCAAGUUAAAAUCUCGGAAUACGUGAUCAAAAAAUACAGCAAACCUGAAAAUCAAGCACAGCAAGUUGAGCUCUAUGAAGUAAUGAGGGAUGUCACGUGGGCGCUAUUCACAAGUCACAAAGCUCUCAAUUCGAUAUCAAUAAAGUACAAAAACGGGUUUGUUCAGGCGUUUCAUAGAGAUCCAAGAGAUAACAGUACAUAUUACAUAUACUCCGAUCUCACAAAUUACACAAUGGCCGGACCUUACGACGUCAACACAUCUUCAUCGCAUCAAGGCUGGAACGAUCAAACGAUCCAAAGUAACAUAUCGGCGAUUUGGUACCGAGAGCCGUUGGAUCCCGCAACCGGUGAGAAAAUCGGAAAACAAAAAGCGAUACCUCCGGAUGAGUUAAUAAACAUCGCCGGAAUUUCUCAGGUUCCAUAUGGUGCAGCUUCGUGGCAUGUCGCUGUGAGCAAAUUCACAAACUCUCCGUUACUUUCAGCGGCGAUGCCGGUGAGGGAUGCGUCGGAAGGAAGUAUAGUGGCGGUGGUUGGUGUUACGACGUCGCUUUAUAGUGUGGGACAGCUUAUGAAAGAGCUUGUUGGGUUUCAUAGUGGACAUAUUUAUUUGACGUCACAAGAGGGUUGGUUGUUGGCUACUUCUUCUACUACGCCAUUGUUGAGGAACUCAUCUACAGGUCCGAAGCUGAUGAUGGCUGUUGAUUCUCAAGAUAAAGUCAUACAAACGGGAGCUAAAUGGUUACUCAAAGCCUAUGGGAACAAAGAGCCCCCAAAUCAUGAAGUUCACAUAGAGAAUGCCAAAUUGGGCAAUGAACUUUAUUACAUCGAUUCGUUUUACUUGAACUUAAAGCGACUUCCUAUGGUGGGAGUCCUUAUCAUUCCAAGGAAAUACAUAAUGGGGAAGGUAGACGAGAGAGCUUUCAAGACGUUAAUGAUACUGAUAUCUGCAUCUGUAUGUAUACUCGUUAUCGGUUGUGUGUGUAUUUUCGUGUUAACAAAUGGAGUUUCAAAGGAAAUGAAGCUACGUGCAGAAUUGAUUAGUCAUUUGGAUGCACGAAGGAAAGCAGAGGCAUCUAGCAACUACAAGAGCCAAUUUCUAGCAAAUAUGAGUCAUGAACUGAGAACGCCAAUGGCUGCAGUCAUUGGAUUGCUAGACAUUCUUAUAUCUGAUGAAUGUCUAACAAACGAACAAUACGCAACAAUUAGCCAAAUUCGUAGAUGCUCAACAGCUCUUCUUCGUCUCCUCAACAACAUUUUAGACAUUAGCAAGGUUGAAUCAGGAAAAUUGGUACUGGAAGAAGCUGAAUUUAACAUGGGGAGAGAACUUGAAGGACUAGUCGAUAUGUUCUCUGUACAGUGCAAAAACCAUAAUGUGGAAACAGUGAUAGAUCUCUCUGAUGAUAUGCCAAAGGUAGUUCAAGGGGACUCUGCUAGAGUUGUUCAAAUUUUUGCUAAUCUAAUCAGCAACUCAAUCAAAUUUACAACAUCAGGAUACAUUAUUCUGCGAGGAUGGUGUGAAGAUCCACAUUCAUUAAUUGAAAACGGGAAAAGAUCAUGCAAGGACAACAAAGUAAUUCUUUGGUUUGAAGUUGAUGAUACUGGAUGUGGCAUUGAUCCAAGCAAAUGGGAAUCAGUAUUUGAAAGCUUCGAACAAGCUGACCCUUCAACUACUAGAUUGCACGGUGGAACAGGGCUUGGACUAUGCAUUGUUAGAACUCUAGUUCACAAAAUGGGUGGAGAAAUAAGAGUUGUUAAGAAAAACGGACCCGGGACUCUAAUGCGACUUUAUCUGUUACUCAAUACACCUGUAGAUAUACCACAAGACAACUACAGAUUAAAGUACGCAGAUCAUAACUUGAAGGUAGUGCUUGCGCUAAAUGGAAGUAUGGGCAGAACGAUUUUGUCUGGGUGGUUAACUAAAAUUGGUGUCCCCACGUGGGAUGCAUGUGAGUGGAAUGAACUGACGCAGAUACUACAAGAACUCUUUAUACCCACACGUUAUACACAAAAUUUAACAUAUGAAACUUCAAAAGUUGAAUCAUUAAGCAAGCAAGAAAUGGAUGCGUCUGUUUUCAUCAUAGUCAUUGAUAUUGGACUACUCAAUCUAAGCACAGAUAUAUGGAAAGAACAGUUAAAUUUUUUGGACACGUUUAACAGAAGAGCGAAGUUUGCGUGGGUUUUAAACCAUGACACCUCUAACACCAUCAAAAUGGAGCUUCAUAACCGAGGGCAUCUGUUAAUGGUGAAUGAACCGUUAUACAAAGCGAAAAUGAUUCAAAUAAUGGAAGCUGCCAUUAAAGAAAGCUCUCAUAAUCAUAACCAUAACCAUAAUAAUAAUAAUAAUAAUAAUAAUAUUAAUAAUACGCAUGAAUGUCUUGAAAUUGAUGUGCAUUCGGAUCCAGAGAGUUCAAACGAGUCUGAAAAGUCGGAAUUUAUAGUUUCUUCUUCUUCUUCACGAUAUGGAACAACUAUAAACAACUGUUUUCUCGAACUAAGUGAAGUCGGAUCAGAGAGGGGCAAAUUGGUCACAAAUGGAACGAAUGGACAGAAGUCUCUAGAAGGUGUACGGAUUUUGUUAGCAGAAGAUACACCAAUACUUCAAAGAGUGGCGACUAUAAUGCUUGAAAAAAUGGGGGCCACGGUGGUUGUGGUGGGAGAUGGGGUACAGGCGGUUGAAGCUCUACAGGAACAUAACCCUCCGCCAUAUGAUUUGAUACUCAUGGACUGUCAGAUGCCGAAGAUGGAUGGUUAUGAGGCGACUAAGGCGAUUAGAAGAGCGGAAAUGGGAACGGAAAUGCAUAUUCCGAUUGUGGCGUUGACAGCGCAUGCGAUGUCAUCGGAUGAAGCAAAAUGUUUAGAGGUUGGAAUGGAUGCGUAUCUAACGAAACCGAUAGAUUGCAACCUUAUGGUUUCGACUAUUUUGUCAUUAACUAAUUCUCCUAUAAUAAGCGGUAGAAAAUGA